GAGAUAGAGACGCAGAGAGAGGGGAGUGUUAGAAGCACUUGUGGUGCUAGCCUAAUAUUCUCAGCAGCUUCUCUCCCCCUGAACGAUCGAAUGGUGCUUAAUGAGUCCUCGGACCGCACGAAGGCCCAGCAAGGGGAUAUCCCCAGGACAUCCCAUGGAUUCCCAUGGGAAGCUAAAAGGAAGUCUCACAGCUACAUCAUUCCAGAUGACGGCGACUAAUCUCGUCACGAAUUUCUUCUUCAACUACUUCCUCCUUGCCAAUAACUACUUCUUCCUCGAACACAACGUCGGCCCGGAUCUUAUUCCUUACGUGGAACAAGGAGAGGAAACCCUCGAUACCCUUCAAGAAAUUAUGAAGCUAAAGGGAUGGCAGAAGAUGAAUGCUUUCACGAACGAAGGCUUCAACGUGAAGAAGCUUUAUCAUCCCGGCAUGAAGAGGACUAUGUUCCUCAUUCAAGCCAUUGUGGAUCUGCCCUACGAAGAAUUGUUUGAAGAGGUGUGGUUCAAUGGAGAAAAUAUCCCAGAAUGGAAUCCCAAUGUUGCCAACUUCACAGAGAUCAAGCGAAUUGGAGAUCGCUGUCGCGUGACGUAUCAGGUUACAUCACCUCAGGCAGGAGGAGCCAUCGGACCCCGGGAUUUCCUCAAUCUCAUCUGUUGCAGGAGGGAUGGUAAUACCAUCUACUCUGGUUAUAUCAGCUCGUCCUGGCCUGGAUACGAAGUCACGGACGAAUACGUCAGGGGAGAAGUAUACCCGAGCGGAUUUGCGUAUUCUCCAGCUCCGGAAGAUCCCAUGAAGACCCAGGUCCUAUGGCUUUACAACACUGACCUCCGACUGAGUUUUAUGCCCGAGUACAUCCUCAACAACAUCCUACCCGUGUCUUUUAGGGGGUACAUCCUUUAUUUUCAGGAGCAUUUGACGAAAGUCAGACGCUCGAGAACAACCACGACCGACUCCAUGUCUAUGGAGCAUCAAUGAUGUCAUUUCCUCCGUGCUACAAUCUAUCCAUGAGUCCUUCUCAUUCCGCAUUCUAUUGCGCAGCUAUGCUCGAACAGUAUUAAAACAUGCUUCCCCUUUUUUUUACUUUUCAUUGUUGAUGCUCUUCUACCUCGUAGCUGAGCUCACGCUAGAAUGAGUUGGAUUGAGAAGGGAGAAGAGAGAGUUUAGAAAGCAAAAAAACUGGACCC